AUGCCUCUGCACUCGGGGUUCCGGUUCACACCCCUCGGGGUGGUCACGGCUUACGUCGACAUUAUGUUCAUCGCAUCUCUGUCACACGAAGAGGUCAGGCGGACCAAGGCCGAAGUUGCGGGCAAGUGGAAGAUUGAAGACAAAGGCCCCGUCCAAGAAUUCCUCGAGAUUAAAAGUCAUCGUGACCGCUCCCAACGCACUUUCUUCCUGAAUGUGAUAGGUAACAUCCGUGAUACCGCCCGCAAAUGGCUCAAUGACCCUACCACUAAAUCUCACAUCCCUAUGCCAUACCUCAUCCAUGCCACUGACGACGAUGAAUGUUCACCGGAACACGCCAAAAUGUACCAACAAUUCGUUGGUCAAUUGCUUUGGAUAUCCAAUACCGCCCGCCCGGAUAUCUCUUUCGCGUUCGGCGCCCUCGCACGACAUAUGUCCAGGCAAGUCAAUACGGCACGAACCGCAUCCCUUUACCUCCUCAAGUACUUGAAUCAGACUGAUGACGACCGCCACACCCUCAGAGGUCCGGAUCGCCUACACGCUGACCUACCAAUCUCAUCUUCGUUCUUGUUGAGAGCCUGCAUGCACAUUGGUGAAAAUAAAUGUUUGUUUUUCUCAUCUCAUUUUUGCAAUAAAAAAAUCAAUUCACGAUUGCCUUUGAUCACGAGACUGUACCCUCCACAACAGAGUUCACGUGGAAUGUGUGGAAAAACGACGCGAGAAAAAGCUCAAUAG